CUUUUACCCUAACAGUAGCAGCCGUUCUUCAAAAACAUUCAAGCCAAAGAAGAAUAUCCCUGAAGGGUCUCAUCAGUAUGAGCUCUUAAAACACGCAGAAGCAACUCUAGGAAGUGGAAAUCUGAGACAAGCUGUUAUGCUGCCAGAGGGAGAGGACCUCAAUGAAUGGAUUGCUGUGAACACCGUGGAUUUCUUCAACCAGAUCAAUAUGUUAUAUGGAACUAUUACAGAAUUCUGCACUGAGGCAAGCUGUUCAGUCAUGUCUGCAGGUCCAAGAUACGAAUAUCAUUGGGCAGAUGGUACUAAUAUUAAAAAGCCAAUCAAAUGUUCUGCACCAAAAUACAUUGAUUAUCUGAUGACUUGGGUUCAGGAUCAGCUUGAUGAUGAGACUCUCUUUCCUUCUAAGAUUGGGGUCCCAUUUCCCAAAAACUUUAUGUCUGUGGCAAAGACCAUCCUAAAGCGUCUGUUCAGGGUUUACGCCCACAUUUAUCACCAGCACUUUGAUUCUGUGAUGCAGCUGCAAGAAGAGGCCCACCUCAACACCUCCUUUAAGCACUUUAUUUUCUUUGUUCAGGAGUUUAAUCUGAUUGACAGACGUGAGUUGGCACCUCUUCAGGAAUUAAUUGAGAAGCUUGGAUCAAAAGACAGAUAAAUGUUUCUUCUAGAACACAGUAACCCUCUUGCUUCAUCUACUGCUAAAGUUAUUUCAUUGCUAUCUGAUAGACUAGUGAUACGGACUUUAAGAAAACAGGAUAAAAAGACACCGAUACCUGUGUCUACUGAUAAAAUUGUCCCAAAGGUAGGUUCACCAAAAAGCUGCAGAGUGAGACCUUAAGGACACAGCCAAAUCUGAGGUACUACUGUGUGACCACUCCUGUUACUGUCAGAGACAUACUUGGUUGUAAUACGUGAUGACUAACCUGUAGCUUAUUAGUUUACUUAUUAUUCUUUUACUCAAGAAAAUGAUUGAGUCUGUUUCAGGUGAUAGCAUAGUGGAUCUUAAGAAUUAAGUUUCCAGAACAAAUUUCCUAACAACACAGAUUGGUUUUUUUCUACUUUUAUUUUACAAAUAAAAAAAGUAUUUGUAAGUUUCCUUAAGAUAGAGAAUAUUGGUCUCACUUUAGAGAACCUUCUAGUUUCAAGUUCGUAUGCUAGUGUUUUUAUAGUUAACAUAUGUAUAUUUUUUCAAAAUCCAUGAUUGCAGUACAAAUCAUCAUAUGGCAUAUGUGGAAUGGGAGUAACCAAAGUUAUUUUAAAAGUGACUUUAUUAUUUUUUUUUAUCUUUAUUUGGGAUUUGUAUUCACAUCUAUCUAAAUUAUUAGUGUAUCAGAAAUGAUUUUUUUUCAGCUUUUAAGGAUGGUCUUGUAGAUUUUUAUUUUGAAUGUUUCAGUGAGAUGAAUUUAAUGUGUAGCUUUUGGCUCAGAAAGAAAAAACUUGCCCCAAAUUAUGGCAAAUAUAGGUCUCAAAGCCA